AUGGAAGAUCCGUCUGCUCCAGAGUCUGCCCUUUUCCAAGGGGGACAUACUUUACUCCCAUCAGCUAGUUUUCAGGAAUCAGUGACCUUCAAGGAUGUGAUAGUGGACUUUACCCAGGAAGAAUGGAAACAGCUGGAUCCCGUACAGAGAGGUUUAUUCAGGGAUGUGACAUUGGAGAACUAUACACAUCUGGUCUCUAUAGGACUCCAAGUUUCCAAACCUGAUGUGAUUUCCCAGUUAGAGCAAGGGACAGAGCCGUGGAUUGUGGAGCCCAGCAUCCCAGUAGGGACCCCUGGAGACUGGGUGACAAGACCAGAAAAUAGCAUAACAGCCUCAGAGCUGGACAUUUCUGGAGAAGGGCCAUCUCCAGGGGCAGUAGCAGAAAAGCACAAAAGGGAUGAUCCUUGGAGCACCAACUUCUUAGAAACUUGUGAAUCCAAACGCAGUCCAGAGAGGCAGCAGGCAAAUGAACAGACACUGCCAAGGGAAAUAAAAAUAACUGAAAAGACCAUACCAACUUUGGAGCGAGCACAUGUAAAUAAUGACUUUGAAAAAAGGAUCAAUGUGAGUUUAGACCUUUUAACACACACAAAAAAAUCUCCAAAACAGACCUCUACUAAACCAAGUGUCAAACAGAAUUUAAACCCAGUUAAAAAAGAGAAGUCUUGUAAGUGCAAUGAAUGUGGGAAAGCUUUUACUUAUUGUUCAGCUCUUAUUCGCCAUCAGAGAACACAUACUGGAGAAAAACCCUACAAAUGUAAUGAAUGUGAAAAAGCCUUCAGCCGGAGCGAAAACCUUAUAAACCAUCAAAGAAUUCAUACUGGAGAUAAACCAUACAAAUGUGAUCAGUGUGGGAAAGGCUUCAUUGAGGGUCCAUCUCUUACUCAACAUCAAAGAAUUCACACUGGAGAAAAACCCUAUAAGUGUGAUGAAUGUGGGAAAGCUUUUAGUCAGAGAACCCACCUUGUUCAGCAUCAGAGAAUACACACUGGUGAGAAACCAUAUACUUGUAAUGAGUGUGGAAAAGCCUUUAGCCAGAGAGGCCAUUUCAUGGAACAUCAGAAAAUCCAUACAGGAGAAAAACCUUUUAAAUGCGACGAAUGUGAUAAAACAUUUACCAGGAGCACACACCUUACUCAACAUCAAAAAAUCCAUACUGGAGAGAAAACCUAUAAAUGUAAUGAAUGUGGGAAGGCUUUCAAUGGACCCUCAACAUUUAUUCGUCAUCAUAUGAUUCAUACUGGGGAAAAACCAUAUGAGUGCAAUGAAUGUGGUAAAGCCUUCAGUCAGCACUCAAACCUCACUCAGCAUCAGAAAACACAUACUGGGGAGAAACCUUAUGAUUGUGCUGAAUGUGGAAAAUCCUUUAGUUACUGGUCAUCCCUUGCUCAACAUCUCAAAAUUCAUACUGGAGAAAAACCUUACAAAUGCAAUGAAUGUGGAAAGGCCUUUAUUCGAAGUUCAUCUCUUGCUAAACAUGAAAGGAUUCAUACUGAAGAAAAACCCUACCAUUGUAAUAAGUGUGAAAAGGCCUUUAGCCAGAGCUCCCAUCUGGCUCAGCAUCAGCGAAUUCACACUGGAGAGAAGCCCUAUAAGUGCAAUGAAUGUGACAAAACCUUUAGCCGGAGCACUCAUCUGACUGAACAUCAGAAUACUCAUACUGGAGAGAAACCUUACAAUUGUAAUGAAUGCAGGAAGACUUUCAGCCAGAGUACUUACCUCAUUCAGCAUCAGAGGAUUCAUUCAGCAGAGAAGCCUUUUGGAUGCAAUGAUUGUGGAAAAGCCUUCAGAUACCGUCUUAUUCAACAUCAUAUUACCCAUACUGUAGAGAAACCUUUUAAGUGUAAUGACUGUGGAAAAAUUUUCAGUUACUGUUCAGGCCUCAUUCAACAUCAGGGAAUGCAUACUGGAGAGAAACCAUACAAAUUCAAUGAAUGUGGGCAUGCCUUUAAUUUCAGCACAAGUACAUACCUUACUCAACAUCAGAGAAGUCAUACAAGAGAGAAACCAUAUAAAUGUAAUGAAUGUGGGAAAACUUUGACCCAGAGUUCAUCCCUCACACAUGAGAGUUCAUACCAGAGAGAAAGCUUCUGA